CACGAACAAAGCUUAAGGAGGGGUAAAUGCGAACCGUCACAAAGGAUUGGCAUGCGUGCCCUCACUUUUCACCCAAGUGCCUCCUCGCACGCUGUUGAGUAGCAUCAUAUAUUCAAGUAUUGCUGUGGAUCUGUGUGAGAUUAACCCGUGGCAUUAUCUCGCAAGGAACAGGAACUUUCGUUUCCGGUCCCCAUAAUCCAUCCGCGUAGACAGUUUGGUCGGGGUGACACACCACAUUUCACUAAUACAACUUUCAUAACUACUUUGAUAUCGAUGCACAAAGCCUGAUUCUGUUUUUUUUUCCCCUCCCCUAACUGUGAACUUUUCCUCGUUGUCCUAUAUAGCGGUAGCAUCUCAUUGAUUGUUGGGGCAGGUCCCUACCGCUGCAGCCGUACGCGACACACGGAAGACGACAAGUCGGUGUACUUACUUUGCGGGACCGCGCUGCCAUUAUCAUCCUCGUUCAAACAGGAGAAACGUUUUAUAAUGGCAAAGGCAGAGUUAUCGCGUUAGAGUCUUUGACCAGGCGACCGAAGCUCUCAAUCGCUGCUACUCCAGAAUGCAGCGCAGCAACUCUCAGAUUGAGAGGCGUAGCAGUUGCAACCUUGACGUGCCGGUUGCAAAGGAGGCACGAGCGCGGCGGGCGUCCUGCUUGCUCACCGACGCCGGCCGCGGGUUCCCGGGGGCCCUGGCGGCAGCAACGGCAUACGACUACGCGCCCAAAGGCAGCUUUGGAAAGUCUGGAAAGACAGGCAUCUACGUCGUAGGCACGGGCGCAGCUAGAAAGCGGUUCCUGGUGGUGGUUCCGGAUAUCUUUGGGUUGGAAAGCAAGCAGUUCCUCCAGGCAUGUGACCGGUUCGCGGAGGCUGGCUGGGCUGACCGUGGUCGCCUUCGACCCUUUCAUGGGCCUCCCCUGGCCCACUGCCAGGUUCCCUCCCCGUCCAGAGCACGGCUACGAGCGCUGGCUGCAGGUCACGGGCGCCUGGACCCGGGUGGAGCCGAUGCUUGAGGACGCGGUGCGGAGGGUGCGGCAGCUGGCAGCGGAGUCGGGCGACCGCAGCCUGAAUACCAAGAUCGGCUGCUUCGGCUUUGGCUGGGGCGGCAUGGUGGCGCUGAUGGCAGGGCGCAAGGCGGCCAGCGACCUGGGUGGCUCGCUGUUCUACGGCGUGGGCGCCGGCAACCCCGACCUGGGCGCGGCCGAGGCGGCAGGGCUGGACGCGGCCUGGUUCAAGGCCAUCAAGUGCCCCGUGGUGGUGUUGUACGCCAAGGCUGAGCUUCCCGUGAUGAGGCUCAUGGAGAUGAACGCCGAGCUGCGGAUGACGUUCGGGGCUGGCGGGUCUCUGGUUCAGCCCACGGACACUGAGGCAACGGGCGUGGUGACGCGCGGCGACUGGACGCAGCCCGAGACCGCCGCUGCCGCGGGACGGGUCGUAGAGAGCAUGACCGGCUGGCUGAAUAAGCACUUUGAGGGGGAGAAGAUCUGACGAGUCGGCCGUGUGCAUGCAGUGUAGGUGCCCAAGUGGGCGUCGCAGGGAGGGCGGCGCGGCCACGGGGGCUACCGAGCAGUGGACUUGCAGGCGUGGCGGGCGUGGUAAUGGCUGCUUCAGCAGCGCUUGGACUACCGUACUUGUAGGAGGAUCGCUGGUGGCGUGGCUGGACACGGGAAAGCGAGAAAUGCUCAAGCCGCAGGCGGCAUCCCGUAUAGACGCGGCCCAGGCCGUCGCCCAGACAGGGCGGCCACCUUCAGGGCGUGGUUGCCCUUGCUCAUCAAGGUGGCAUCCUGUAUUUUUAUCUGGCGAGUCGUCCCAGGUUCGAUCUUGUGGCGUGAGAGCCGCCUCACCCCGGUGAGUGCACGUGCUUAGUGCUGUGGCGCAGUAGGGUGCUCAAGUGCGCUUUCGCAGCAUUCUGAGCUCGGCAUUGCUGGGUGGCGUGUCGUGGGUGCGUGCGGACGUGCGGUCGCGACACGUCUGUGCUGGCAGCAUUGGAUGGAGCUAAUGAAGUCUUAAUCGUUGGAUGCCGUGAACAUGUCUCGCUAAUACCGUCAUACGUAAGCAGGCUCAGCUGCAGUUUGGUACACGCAUCGCUGUGGGGGUCAGGAUGCGACCUGAAUGUGGAGUUGGGUGCGGCUUGAAUGCUAGCCGUCCGGACGUUGCCGUCGUUGCGCGUACUGUGCGUUGCCGUCGUUGCGCGUGCUGCUUCUGUAUACGUGUGCUGGCGGCCCUUGUGCGGCGGCUCUUGUAACCAAUGCAAUCUUGUGCGGCAGCGCAAGGACGGCAAGGUUGACUGCGCGCGGAACUAACACCCUUCCCAUGUUAUCAAUGCCUGAGCCCUGACUCCUGAAGGAGUGUGUAAAUGUCGUGGGAGGAGGCAGGUCCAUGGCUGGCAUACAUGCUUAAUGGGGCACAAGCGCCGGCCUUUCACACGGCGCGGUCAGACAUCAGUCAUGCAGGCCUCAGCAAGCUCAACCCUCCCCUGAGCUCAACCCUCCAGCUGUCCGCACCUGCCUGCGCGCCUUCCUCUAUUAGAUUCUCAUACGUUUUUCGCAUACGGUCCGCCCUGGCGGGAUUGAGAGUGAACACCCCGCGGUUCCUGGACGCGGCCACGCCAUCGAUAUCCCGCCUGGCACCAGGUCACCGGCUUUACUCAGCCUCACCCAACUGCGUCCGCAACGUUGCUCGAUUAUAUAAGCAAUACAAUGAGCCAUAGCAGGCGCGCGUCUGAGUCAGGGCCGCCGAAGGGCCCGGGUCCUGGCUACGCACAGGUGGCACUCCGCCAACCUUUGCGGUGGCCGGCGGCAUAUUAGGCUGCUAUCUGUUGUAUUUUCAGUAAUCUCAUAAAAAACGCUGAACCGCUUGGCAAGUCCAGUCCGGCUACGCUUUUUGCCUGCAAACAUCCAUUCGGAGCCUAUGUCUUGCAAACGGCAGUUUUCUUAAGUACGAGGAUAUCUGC